UCUGUCAGUCAGUGAAGGGUUAAACUGGGAGUUUGCAGCAGUCUCUCCUUUCUGUCCACGGCAUUUAGCGGAAAACAUCUGACUCUUUUCCGAAAGCUGUGUUUGGCUUUUACUCAUUUUGGAGCCGGAGCCGGAGCCGCGGAGGCAUUACGGGACAAAAGUCAGUGUUUCGACAGCAGGAUUGUAACAUCUCACUGCCCGCUUUCAAACAGACAAUUAACAAGAGAAGCAUGUGUGGGUGCUAGGACUCUCUGUUUGGUUGACCUCGCUGCCCCUGAAUCAGGUGCUGCUGCCUGCUUUACUCCCGACCUUCCUCUUGUCCAGUGAGGCUCUCUCCAAACCAUGUCUGCUGAGGUGGAGACCGCGCCGGUUCCUGCCGAUCCGAGCGUCGUCACCCCAACGACCCUCAACACUCCUCCCACCUCCCCAUUAACAGCCACAUCCAAAGUCCCAUUCAAGAAAGAGAAGAAGAAAGCCCCAGAAAAGACAGAUGAAUACCUGCUGGGCAGGUUUCAGGGGGAUGGGGUGAGGUACAAGGCUAAGCUGAUUGGAGUCGAUGAUGUUUCAGAAGCCCGAGGAGACAAGAUGAGCCAGGACUCCAUGAUGAAACUUAAGGGUAUGGCAGUAGCUGCUCGGUCCCAAGGCAAACACAAACAGAGGAUCUGGAUCAACAUUUCCAUGUCGGGCAUCAAGAUCAUCGAUGAGAAAUCGGGAGUGAUUGAACAUGAGCACCUGGUAAACAGGAUCUCCUUCAUCGCCAGAGAUGUCACAGAUAACAGGGCGUUUGGAUAUGUGUGUGGAGCAGAAGGGCAGCAUCAGUUUUUUGCCAUAAAGACUGCACAACAGGCAGAGCCCCUGGUCAUUGACCUGAAAGAUCUCUUCCAGGUCAUCUUCAACCUGCGGAAGAAAGAGGCAGAGGCCUCACAGAAGGGGGAAAAUGGCAGCGCUGUAGUUGAGAAUGGAAGUGAUGCCUUGCUAGGUGUAGAUGGUGGAGUAAAAACUGCUCAACCAGUGGAGCAGUUUGACCUUUUUGGAGACAUGUCGACCCCUCCAGACAUCCAGGCUCCAAAUGAAUCUAAUGAUAUGCUCUUGCUGGACUUUUCUGCUGAAGUUGACAGCAAUCAGAAUUGCAUAAAGGGACCCUCCUUUGUAACUUCCUGUGCCCCUGACCAUAGGGCAUCUCCCCAAACAGAGAAUCCCUUUUCCUCAACAUUUGGCUACUUUCCAACCCCAGACAGUGACCCUUUCAGAGAUGACCCGCUUUCUAAAUCACCCCCUUGGUCAGAACCCCAUAACUCACAGAUCUCUCCCCCCACCAGUAAUCACCUAAACAGCACUGCUGGCAACACUUACACAACAAUUAUUAACAGUGGUUUGAAUGGAGACCCCGAACACCUCAGUCAGCAGAUAAAUGGGUUAUCCAGUAAAACCAUGAUCCUCGCUCUCAGUAACGGACAGUGGCCACUAGGGGGCAAAAUAACUCAGAGCAACACAAUCACCAUGAUGGACGAAUCUGGAACAGUUCUCUCAACCAAAAACCCUUUUUUUGACUCAUCAUUAAACACUUCCCCUGUCUCUAAUGACAUAACUCCUCCCCCACAACCCCCAUUGGCUCAUAGCAAGGAUUCAGUUGUCAUAAGUCCGCCUCCGCAGAGCUCUAAGGCUGGACGAGGUCGAAGGAGUGCAAAGUCCACAGCAGAAGAUCUGUUUGGAGCAGAGCUAUUUGCUGCCCCUGCUCAAUCUGAAGCACCCCCCGCCUCAGGGAACUAUUUCAACAGCACGCCCGCCAACUCCUACCCCUCCUCCAUGGCUGCUCUGGGGAAUCUUCAGUUAGGUCCUCCAGCUACCACAAGCAUCCCUGCUGCAGGCAUGUGGGGGGCCCCCGCCGCUGCACCGUCCAUGUUCCCCAUGCCAGGAGCUCCAGGGCAGAGGCCCAACUAUCCACAGCCCUCUGCCUUCGGUGGCCUACCCAUUCCCCCCACAGCCUGGAGCCAGCAGAUGCCCCCUCAGUUCAGUGCUGCACCCUUAUCCCCGCCUCACCUCAGCUGGGGCCAGCCUCCACCAGGUGCUCCAGGUUGGGGUCAGCCCGCCAUGACCAAUCCUUUCCAGCCUGGCCAGUUCCCCGGAAUGGGUGACCAGCAGGGUCCGGCACGCCCCCCUCCUAGGCCACCUGUUAAGGAAGCCCCUCCAAAGGUAGAGAACAGUGCCUUCACAUCUCUGGACCCCCUUGGAGAUAGAGAGAAGAAGAGUGGAAAGGACAUGUUCAAGAACUUCCAGCUCGCCAAGCCCCCUGCCAUCCCAGCAAGGAAAGGAGACCUAGUGUCAAACGCUGCUCCCCCCCCAGGCAGCAACGAAGCCGGGGCAUUCGAUCAGUACUUUAACAAUAAAGUGGGCCUGCCGCAGGAUAAUGCUGAUCAUGAUGACUUUGAUAUCAAUCAAAUGUCAGCCAUUGUAAAUGAUGUUUCUAAACCAGCUCCUGUGCCAGCUGCAGCUCCAAGCUUUAACCCCGGCCUGCUGGAUGCCGCCUUCUCUUCUGCUCCCAUUGCAAAUAAUUCAGCCCCAGCCCAGGGACCCAAACAUGACAUGUUUGAUCAAGCAUUUGGGGCCCCCGAUUCGAGUCUGUUUGGAGGGCCGCCUGUAGCCAUGCAGCCUGCUGUGCUGAACUCUGGAUCAACAGCAGAUUUUGGGGAUCCUUUUGGAAAUCCCUUUGCUUGACCAUAACUUGUCUAUGAUUAAAAUGGAGCUAAUGAUCUUCACGUCAAAUAAAAUAUUUGGGACAAGCUGCUACAACGUGCGCAAGACAAUCCAAAUGAUGAGCGUUUCUAACUCUUGUCCCGAGCCCACCCUUCCUUUACACCUUGACCUCUGAUGGUGUUGUUUUUACUAUCCAAUCAGUAGUUCCCCUUAUUUGUAAAGACCACUGAUUGAAAAAUAUAAAUGUUGUGUCCUGAUCUGCUGAAGAUAGAAAUGUAUUGUAUGAAAAAAAAGCACGUCCAAAGAGUUUCACUGCUGAUGCUGUCUGUAUUAAAGAAAUAAAAUAAUUCAAUAAUUA